AGGCAAAACAUAGCAACCAAACUUCAGUGUCCUCUAAAUUCUAAUACUCACCUUAUAAGUUUAAGGGUUUAACCAAACAAACCAAGCUUAGUACCCUUAAAGAAUCAGCUUAUAAGCCUAACCAAUUGAAGAAACAAAAAGAGUUCAAAGGGGGUAGAUGGCAAGGAAGAGAAAGGUUGUUGAAGUGGUGGAAGAGGGAGAACUAUGUGAGGGAACCUUGGGUUGGGAUGAGAUGAUGAAACAAGCUGCAGCACUUGGAGGGGUGCAAAGAGCAAGGAAGAGGUUUGUUGGUGUAAGGCAAAGGCCAUCAGGUAGAUGGGUGGCUGAGAUCAAAGACACCAUUCAGAAGAUAAGAGUGUGGUUGGGAACUUUUGACACUGCUGAGGAAGCUGCAAGAGCCUAUGAUGAGGCUGCUUGCUUGCUUCGCGGUGCCAACACGAGGACUAACUUCUGGCCUUGCUCUCAAUCCUCCACAAGUCCAGCUCUUUCCUCAAAGAUAACCAAUCUCCUCCUUCAAAGGCUUAAAGAAAGAAACAACAACAACAACAACAACGCUUGUUCCUCGUCCUCGUCCUCGUCCACCUCACUUCUCAUCAACCACCAACAAAUGCAACACCACCAACAAGUUGAUGCAUAUGGAGAAGGUUCAACACAAUUCUCAAUUGACCAAUUCACUGAUUUCCUCAAUGACCCUGAAGAUUAUAGCACAAGCAACAAUGACUUCAUCAACAACACUGCACAAAUUGACUACAUUACUAGUAGCUUUGAGUCAUGCUUAACUAAAAAAGAUGGUGGGACAAAAAUGGAUAUGCAAUUGCAAUACAAAUCAAGCAAUGUGACACCACAGACUUCAAGCAAUGACAGCAAUUCAGGAGUGGAGGACAGUGAAGAAGAAGGAAAUGAUUUGGGUGUGCAAAGUACUAAUUUGGAUGUCCAUGAUUUUAGGUUUCUGGACAACAUUGCUCCACCUAGUUACUAUUCUCCCUUUGAGAUGGCUGAAGAGAUGGAGGAGGAGCCUGUGGAGCCUGAGAAUGAGAACUACGAUGAUGAGCCUUCAAUGCUUAGAGCUGUGAUGAAGAGAAUGACUUAUGAGAGGAAGUUCUCAGCUUCUCUCUAUGCCUUCAAUGGAAUACCUGAAUGCUUGAAGUUGAAACUUGAAUCCGGAAACAUGAAGGGAAGAGGACUAGCUGAUCAAUUAACAAGCCUUCAAAUGGCUUGUAGCAAAAACAAGCUUGAGAAGAAUAAGGAGGAGAAAGAGUUCAUGGCAACAAUGGAUAGGAAAAAGGAACAAGAACACCAACAUACAUCACCUGACAUGGAUUCUUCAAGUGUUGAUGGGGAACUGUUACUUUGGAAUUCACUUGAUCUUCCUCCUAUUUGCUUUGUUAACUUACUUGAAAAUGGUUCAUUCAAUUAAGAAUAUCAUUAAUUUUCUGUAACAUUAGUUAUGCUGAGAACAACUAUGUUGUAACAUUAGACUUUGUAGUAAGCAUGAAGUAAUAUCUUCUGCUAAUCGAAAUGAUUUAAAUUUUCUUAUUUCAUUCAUAAUUCCUAGUAUCAAUGAGUAACAUUAUAUUGAAUUA